AUGAUGCAUUGUUUGAACGCCGAUGCAGGAAAUGCCAAAAUGAGCGUGCUUGAGCGGCGCCUGAAUUGGCAGCGGGAUCAAUUUCCUGCAACUUACUACGUCAGUGAAAACGAUCUGCCAGGCGCUGGUGCUUUCUUCGCUUUAAAUAACGAUGAUCGUGGAAUUGGUGAUGUCAUGGUGGGCGGAGCUAUGAAGCCGGACCCGGGUACGGAAAACGGGUGGGUCGGGGACUUGAGUCGGAUGAUCCUGAAUUACGGGAAUCGGUCCGAGGUCGAAGUGAGCAGAGCUUUUCCGGGGACAGUUAUCUCCCCGCCGGCAACAGCACCGGCCGGCGUGGGAAAGGAAGCUGAUUUUGGCUCGUCUACAGCAAACUCAAAAAAGAGAAAGGUUGAUAAAGCUCAAAACCCUAAGGGAUCUUCAGAAGAAAUAUUUGAGGAGAAAAAGGUGAAAGUUUAUGCAGAUGAGGAAUCUAAAAUGACAGGGCAAAACAGCAACAGCAACAGCAAGAGCACUACUACGACCACAACAGGCAGCAAUGAAACCAACAAAAAGAACACGACCAAAGGGCCAUCAAAUGGCAACCCGAAGGCUUCAGAUGCACCGAAGACUGAUUACAUUCAUGUUCGUGCUCGUCGCGGCCAAGCCACGGACAGCCACAGCUUGGCUGAGAGAGUGAGGAGAGAAAAGAUCAGUGAAAGAAUGAAGUACCUGCAAGAUUUGGUUCCGGGGUGCAACAAGAUAACUGGGAAAGCUGGAAUGCUCGACGAAAUAAUCAACUAUGUUCAAUCUCUGCAAAGACAAGUAGAGUUCUUGUCUAUGAAGCUGGCUGCAAUUAACCCUAGGCUUGAUUUUGACAUCGACAACUAUCUAGCGAAAGAGAUAUUUCCAUCGUGCACGUCUAGCUUUCCCUCUCACCUGGUGAAUGCUGCUCACCUGCAUUACAAUGCAUCAACUCAAGGAAUUUCAGGCCCCAUACCAGAAAUUGGGAGAACUAUUUCCCCACCAGUGGUUUCAAUGGCCGAUUCAUUUCUUGAUUCAUCCUGUUUCAAUUUUUACAUGAUGAGACAGCAAAUUCAGCACCUGACAUGGGAGGAUGACUUGCAAAAUCUGUUUUCUAUGGAGUACCAACAAGGAAGACCAGCAGCAUUUACUUCACAGCCAUUUACAGGUUUCCUGGAAGCAGGGAAUGUAAAGCUGGAAAUGUGAAUGGCAUAUUCUUUGAUGAGUCAAGUUCAAGUAAUUCAAAGUUACCUGAUCCUGAUUAUUUUUUAUGUCCUUUCCAAAUUAGAUACUGUAAAUAUAUUUAAUGAGUAAUGUUGUGCUAUUGACAGUUAUUAUCAUUAGCAUAUAUAAGAUGACAAGAAGAAAUCCAAUUUCAGUUUGAAUUUCCUCUGA